AUGGCGACCCCAUCCAUGCCCGCUCGUGGAGAUCGAACGGCCCCGACCUUUGACCCCCAUCAACCCCGCGAAUUGAGACGAUAUUUCUCCGAUCUGGACUUCCACUUCGUUCGGUCUGCGGUAGUGGACGAACAAGAAAGAAAGAAACACGCUUGCCGAUUCCUAGAUGUCGACACCUGUGAGCUUUGGGAAUCGCUCACCACUUUCACCGACGCCACGAAGACCUUCAAGGAGUUCUGCGAAGAGGUCUACAGGCUAUACCCUGGAUCGGAGGAAGAACGCAAAUGGUCGGUAUCGGAUAUGGACAAGCUAGUCGGCGAAACGAGCAGGGUCGGCAUCUUGUCUCUCAGCGAACUCGGCGACUAUCAUCGGCGAUUCCUGGCGAUCACGGUAUUCCUCCUCAGCAAGGCACGGAUCUCGGUCGCCGAACAAGGACGCGCCUUCGCUAGAGGAUUCCAACCGGAGCUAUGGGCAAGAAUCUCUCAACGUCUACAACUCAAGUUCCCCGAUCAUUUCCCAGACGACCCAUACAACCUCCAAGACAUCCACGACGCGGCCCGAUUCGUCUUGCACGGCACCACGUCCGCCUACAGCACGAUCCCUACCGACAUCUCUCGAGCAGCCCCCGCCGCGCCGCCCACCAACGCGAUCAAGGCCGAAGACCUGGCGACCAUGUUCGAACGGCUCACCGACACCUUUGUCAAGGCCAUCACAGCUCAGGGGACGACCAGGCCAGCCGAUCGACCAUCCCGACAGCCAGGACAAGGCGGCGACAACUGCAUGUUCUGCGGCAGUCCCGAACACUUCAUGCGCGCCUGUCCCGAGGUCACCGAAUACAUUCGGAUCGGCAAAUGCAAGAGGAAUAUCGAGGGGAAGGUGGUAUUGUCAAGUGGGGCAUUCGUACCGAGAGAAAUCACGGGUAGUAACCUGAAGGACCGAGUUGACGAAUGGCAUCGCAGGAAUCCAGGCCAGUUGGCGACCGGACAGAUGAUGUUUACGGUAAACGCGGUGCCGACUCACCCGAUGACGAUAGCCUCCCGUCACGAUUCACCCUCAUUGCUGGAUGUCACCCCGACUUACCAACUCACCGACGUCCAGCGAAUCGCGAGCCUCGAACGCGAACUAUUCGCGCUCCGAACGCGGGGCGCAAGGGCACGCGAAAUGGCGCAGGCAGGACGUUCGGCACCUACCCCUUCACCGGCCCCCGAACGACGAGCGAGGACCGAAACUCCCGAACCCGAACCCCGACCGACCACCCCGACUCAGCGACCGCCCCCGGUACCAGCCAAGGACGAUGCUCCGAUCCACCCAUAUGCCAAAGCCCAGGACGCCACCUAUGCACCGCCACACGACCGCAACAUGGGAGCCCCGGCGAAGAUACCAUCGGCAAAGAAGGACGCUCCGGCCUACAAAACCACGGCGCCGAUCUACGACGAGAAGGUAGCAGCUGAGGUCUACAACAGGGCAAUGGCCACUCAGGUGACGCUUACCCAGCGCGAACUACUCUCUCUCUCCGCCGAAGUCCGUUCACAGGUCAGGGAAGCCACGUCGGCACGCCGAUCGCCUGCCAGAGACGCCAGCAAUGUUCGGACCUUCUACCAAGAUGCCGAUCUACCCUAUGCCAUCGACGACCUCGAACCACCGACUCGACCGACCGUCUCCUCCUUCGUCAAUGUCCUGCACCAACCGGAAACACCCCCGCCGGGCGCGAUCAUCAUCCCCGACAUGUACGAAACGUACCUGAAGAAUCUACAGCCCGGUCAGGUUCCUCAGCCAUUGAUAGUUGCUAAAGAAUCGUCUGCCCUAAGGUCUAUUGUUCCCCUCGUCGAUCAUCAGCAGGAAGUCGAAUGCGUCAUCGACCCGGGUUCACAAGUCAUUGCCAUGUCGGAAGGCAUUUGCAACGAACUGGCGCUCAUCUACGACCCCGAAAUCGUCCUCAAUAUGCAGUCGGCGAACGGCGAAAUCGACCGAUCCUUGGGCCUGGCACGCAACGUGCCAUUCCUCAUCGGCGACAUCACCCUGUACCUCCAAGUCCACAUCAUUCGGAACCCCGCCUAUGACGUUCUCCUCGGUCGGCCAUUCGACAUCCUCACCGAAAGUAUCGUCAAAAAUUAUUCAAACGAAGACCAGACGAUCACCAUCAGCGACCCGAACACGGGACGACGAGCCACCAUUCCGACGAUCAGACGAGGACCCCCUCGAGUCCUUCACCGAAGACAAGCGGGUUUUCGCGACUCAAUGAAUUGA